GCUUAUUCAUGUGUCUAAUCAUGUGGUUGACCACUUCAAGUGAAACUCCAUCAAAGUACUCAAAUAAAAUCUCUAGUUGUUUCUUUUUGAAGUUUGAAGGAAAAAUUAAGCAUCAUAUUGUUAUUAGUAUGGGUAACUUCAAGAAAAUUUGUGUAUUUUGUGGAAGCAAUUCAGGAAAUAGGAAAAUUUUCAGUGAUGCUGCUCUUGAUCUUGGAACAGAAUUGGUGGAGAGAAAGAUUGAUCUUGUUUAUGGAGGAGGAAGUAUUGGACUUAUGGGAUUGGUUUCUCAAGCUGUUUAUGACGGUGGAUGCAAUGUUCUUGGAAUUAUCCCAAGAGCUCUUGUUUCAGUAGAGAUAUCAGGCCAUGCAGUGGGAGAAGUAUUAGUAGUUUCAGAUAUGCAUGAAAGGAAAGCUGAGAUGGCUCGUAGAGCUGAUGCUUUUGUUGCACUUCCUGGAGGGUAUGGAACUAUGGAAGAAUUGCUUGAGGUGAUAACUUGGUCACAGCUUGGAAUUCAUGAAAAACCAGUUGGACUAUUGAACAUAGAUGGAUAUUAUGAUUGCUUGCUUGGAUUAUUUGACAAAGGUGUUGAAGAAGGAUUUAUUAAGCCUUCAGCCAGAAAUAUUGUCAUAUCAGCUAAAACAGCCAAAGAGCUUUUGGUAAAAAUGGAGGAUUAUAUACCAAUACACAAUCAAGUAGCACCAAGCAAUAGUUGGAACACUGGUGGACCUGUGACAAGAACAUAAUUUUCUGGCUUGAAUAUAGGUUUAUUACCCAAGUGUGAAGAUUGUAUUUUUCAUUGUUUGACAAACACUUUGUAAUUCACCACUCACAUGAAAAUCCCAAAUGAAAAAGCAAAAAAGAAAAAAAUACUUUGGUUUUGAGUAGCAAGAGAUGUUGUAAAUUUGGUAACCAGAACAUUUGAUUUGUCAUUUGUUUAGAAUGGAAUGAGAUUCAACAA